AUAACAAUUAAUGUGAGUAAGCUUAUUAGGUGUCGGAUAAAGUCAGCCCAAAGACACGAAGAGCGAUAAUGCAAUGCAUGAUCUCUGAUUGAGCGACCUGAAAUUGGCAGUUUCAAUUCUAGGAACUGAUUCUUCUACAUUCCUGUAAUCCAAAAAGAGGUGAUGUCAUCAAAUCUAGAGAUUAUCAGAAAGAUCCUAUCAAGUCAGAACCAGGAGAGUGUACGUGACAUUGAACUACAAUUGAAAUCACGAGCACUGCAACAUCUGGACUCAAAUGGCAAUACAUUUUGUACGACAGUUACCGCCGCCCCAACCCCAGUGAACCUGAAUGAUUAUGAAGCUGUUGAAAGGAUACAACCUGAUCUAAACGUUGUUCUAGACAAUCUCUCCAAAGACACAGAUGUUAUAAUAGAGCAUCUUUCCCACAUCGCCACGCAUGACCCGCUUGCCAAAGGAUUGCUGGAAAUUUACAAAGAAUUACCAGAAUCACACCAAGACAAGAUUAUCCUAUCCCUCAACAGACAUGACUUUAUGUACGCAACUCCAGAUCCUACAUCAGAGGAAGCUUAUCUUAACGGACAAUUCAAGUUGGUUGAAUAUAACUUAAUAGCAUCCAGUCUUGGUCCUUUAACCGAAGGGGUUUAUCACUAUCACAGGAGUUUGUUAAAUAAACUUAACGUUGACACAUCACAUUUCAACAACAAAGUCAACACUAUAAGAGGAUACAGUGAAGGUUUGCGGACAGGUUACCAACUAUACAACACUAAAUAUAAGUGUGGAGGGAGGUGUGUCCUUGUAAUGGUAGAUGAUGAUGGUCCACAAUUCAACUACUUCGACCAACAACUGAUACUUAACGCUUUAGAAACAUCAGGAGUCCCUACAAUACGGUUCACUGCACAGUACCUAGUAGAUAACGGUACCGUGGUAGAUGGUCGGUACUUUGUAGAUGAGAUGGAGGUAGCUGUUCUGUACUUUCGGACAAUGUACGAUCCAGCUCACUUCAAGACUCCUGACUUCUGGAGAGCGAGACGGGACAUGGAGUUCAGCACUGCUGUAACCGUACCCUGUGUCAGACAUCAGGUAGUGAACAUGAAGCUGUUCCAGAUGUUGUUAUCUCAAAGGAAUAUUCUACAAAAGUACACUUCUUCUCCCGAGGCCACUGAGGAUAUUCUUCGUUUGUUCUGUGACACUCUCCCCCUGAACUUGGACGAGGAGGGAGAUAAAAAUGCUCAAUUAGGUAUAGAUCACUUGGACCAAUAUGUAUUAAAACCACAACGAGAAGGAGGAGGAAAUAAUCUCUGGGACCAGGAAAUGAAGGAGAAGCUAAUAUCCCUCGCAGAGGAUCCUGCUAGAGCACAGUUCAUCCUGAUGAGAAAGAUAACGCCGCCAGUAUUAAAGAAUAAGUUUGUGCGACGAGGAGUCAUGUCCGAGGAGCUGGAUACUGUUUCCGAGUUUGGAUAUUACUCAGUGUACUGUACUAACGAUUCCAGCAAAGUGGUAGAGAAUAAAGUUGUCGGACCACUUAUUCGAACUAAGGGUGCUACGGAGAACGAAGGUGGAGUAGCUGUUGGUAUUUCAGCCAUUGAUUCUCCUUUUUUCAUAGAGAACUCUGAAUCAUCAUCAAUACCAUAGAAAAUUAGAUUUAUUG